AUGGACGAAUUUACAUCUGAUAGUUUAACAACAUCAAGAUUAUUAAGACAGAUUUCACAUUCAGAUAGUUUAAGCUCAGUUGGUAGUAGUAGUAAUAGGUCAAAUUCAAAUUAUGAAAAUAAAAUUAAUAAUGGAAUAAUUAAUGAUUUCGAUUCAACCAAUGCAAACGAUGGUAUAAGUAAUAAUAGUAAUAAUAGCAACAACAACAAUAAUAGUAGUAGCAUUUUAAAAAUUCAUCAAUCACCACAAUCAAUAUUAUCAACAGAACAACAACAUCAAAUUCAACAAUAUCAACAAUAUCAUCAACAACAAAUUUAUGAAUCUGGUUAUGUUCCACCUCAUGUAUAUAUUUUUGAUCCAGAUUAUAAAUCGAAUAAUGAUGAAGAAGAUAAAGAAAAAAGAUCAUUAAUUGAAUUAAAUAAAAGUACAGAUUUAUCAAAUAUAAAAACAACAACAACAACAACAACAACAACAACACCACCACCAUUGAUGAUACCAGAGAAUGAAGAAGAGAAUAAACAAUUAAGACAAGAAAUAUUGAAUGAAUUAUCAAAAUCUGAAUCUUUUACAAAGAUAAAGGAACCUGGAGAAAUUUAUGGAUUUUGUGAAUGUUCAUUAUUGUAUAACCAUUUGACAUGUGCCAAUUUAGUGAUUACAUCAAAUUAUUUAAUAUUUUUACCACAACAACAGGUUGAUAGUGAUUAUGUUUUAGAGAAUUAUCUUUAUAAGAAGGGUGAUUUCUUUUGGAAGAAAUAUUGGUUCGUUUUAACACCAGAUUCAAUAAGUUGGUAUAAAAGUUCAAUUCUAAAGGAAACUCAUUAUCCAAAUGGUACCAUACUGUUAUCGAAAAUUGUCACCGUUGAUAAAUUGGAUCCCGAAGAAACAGGCAAACCAUUUUGUUUGCAAAUUAUGACCAAUACUUCAAUUCAUUUAAUUCAAUUAGAUACUGAACCACAAUUGGAGCAUUGGUAUCAUGAAAUCAAUAGAAUGCAAAAGAAUCUAAAUGUCACAAUACCCAUUGGUGAUAUAGUUUCAAUCACAAUGGAGUCAAAUGCAGCCCUAUUCUUUGAUUCGUUAUGUUUGACACUGAAAAAGGGUGAGAAUUGUUUAGUGACACCUUCAUCCUCUUCCAAUGAGGUCUAUUCAUUGUUAAUUAAACUUUGGAAUAGAAAUAGGGGUGUGACAGUAGUUGAGCCAGAGAAACAACAGCGUCUAUUGGAAUUUCAAAAAACUUUUAAAUUAUCUCAAGGUGUUAAUCUUUUAAUUGAAACUCCAUGUGUGUUUUAUCAAGAUGAGGAGUUCUCUUAUGAAGGUGUUUUAUAUGCAACGACCGAGGGUACAUUAUAUUUCUCCUCAUUGGAUAGUGUUUUAAUUAUACCUGAAUCUGAUAUCUAUGCAAUUACAAUCGAUAGAAAAUCCGAUAACCGUGAUGCUCUAAAAGUUUAUACUACCGAUUACGAUGUUUUAUUCUUUGAUUCAAUCGAUGAUAUUGAAACUUUCUUUAAUGUAAUUUCAACAAGUUUAGCUCGUUCAAAUCCAAAGAUUUUCUUUUCAACCGUUGGUCAAAUACCACCAAUUGAUGAACCAAAACAUGAUGAAAAAGAACAUAAAUCAACUUAUCAAACAAUUAGUAGUGGUAUUAGAUCUUGGAAAAUACCAAUACCAUCUUUACCAAAUUUUUCAAUUCCAAUUCCAAAAUCAAUACCAAUACCAUUAUUUAGAUCAAAAUCAUCAAGUCAUUUAGAUCCUCAAAAUUCACAACAACAACAACAACAACAACAACAAUCAUCAUCACUACAAUUAGAUGAUAAUAAUAAUAAUAUUGUAAUACCACAUACAUCAAAUCCAACAACUAUAAUACCUUCAACUUCAUCAUCAUCAGCAAUACCACCACCACCAUCAUCAACAUCAUCAACAUCAUCAACGACACAUGAAAAAACAAUAAUUAUUCAAAAGAAUUCAAGUAUCAAUUCAACAUUUCAUGAUAUUUUCCCAUUAUUACCAUUAGAUGAAACUGUAAUUAUGUUUCAAAAUUGUUCAUUGUAUUAUUAUUCAUAUGAUUCAAAUGUUGAAGGUAUAGUUUAUAUAACAAAAUCAUAUAUAGCAUUUAAUCCAUCACCUUUAGAUAAGCAACAACAACAACAACAACAACAACAACAACAACAACCCAAUAGUUCAUCAAUAACAUCAACAACGUAUGAUCGUGAUUUAGAUACAGAUUCCGAUACAGAUUCUGAAUCAGAUUUUGAUUAUCCAAAACAGAGUCAACAUGAUAAUUCAGUGGUAAUGGUUAAUAAUAAUCAAUAUAAGGUUAAAGAAGUUUUAAUGAAAAAAGCCUUAAUUCCAAUUGAAGAUAUCGUUAGUGUUACAAAAGAAAGAUUCUUAUUAUUCUUUAAUCAAUGUGUUAAAAUUAUUACAUUGGAUCAUAAAUGGAUUUUUGGUUCUUUAAAUAAUAUAAAUAGUUUUUAUAAUUUAAUUUUAGAAACUUGGAAACAAAUUCCAAAAACUUUAUUAGAUUCUUCAUCCUCAUCUUCAUCAUCAUCGUCAUCAUCAUUAUUAUCAUCAUCACCCAAUAAUAAUAAUAGCGAUUUAAAUAUUAAUGGUAAUAGUGAGGGUAGUAUAUUUACACCUUUAGAAAGUAUAAAAAUAAAGAAUAAACUUGGUUUACCAGCUGAUGAAGUUUUAAUAACUUGGUUUAAUUGUACAAAUUUUAAAGGUGCUCAAUUAAAGUAUGGUUUCCUUUAUAUUAGUAAUAAUAAUAUUUGUUUUAGAUCAAAAUUUGGUUUCCAGAAAAGAACCAUCGUCAUACCAUUAUCACAGGUUAUUGAAAUUAAAAAAUAUUCAGCUUUUAUUCCAAAUGGUAUUAAAAUUACUACUGCAAGUCAUCAUGAAUUUCAAUUUGCAUCUUUUAUUCAUAGAAAUAGAGUUUAUCAAAUUUUAUAUGAAACUUGGUUAAAAGCUAAUAAUAAGAAAUCAAAUUCCUCAAAUUCACUUUCAAGUUCACCAACAAUUACUUCACCAUUAGCGAUUUCACCAUCUAUUGCAUCACCUUCAAUUACACCACCUUCAAGUACACCACCUUCAAGUACAACACCUUCAAGUACAACACCAACCAUUACAUCACCAACCAUUCAUUCAACUUUACCAUCAACUGUAGUAUAUAAUGAUAUUCAAGAAAUUAUUGAUGGUGAAAAUAAUUCAAAUAAUAAUAAUAAUAAUAAUAAUACAAAUAAUACAAAUAAAAGUAAUAGUUUCAUUGGAAAUGUUGAAGAAGAUGUAGAUAAAAUUAAAAGGUCUAUAAAAUCAUUACCAAUUUUAAAAAUUCAUAGUGCUCAACAACAACAACAACAACAACCAAAAACAACGACAACAACAACAUCAACGACUACAACAAAUUUAAUAUCACCAAGAUUAUUAACACCAUUAACAAUAACUCAAUCACCAGGAUUUUCAAGUUUAGUUAAUUCACCAAUUUUACCAGUUAAACCUUUAAGAAUAACAAUAUUAACAAUUGGAUCAAGAGGUGAUAUUCAACCAUUUAUUGCAUUAUCAUUAGGAUUGAAAGAGUAUGGUCAUAAUGUAACAUUGGCAACUCAUGAAUUGUAUAGAGAUUUAAUUAGUAAAGAGUUUGGAUUAAAUUAUCAACCAUUGGGUGGUGAUCCAAGGGAAUUAAUGGAUCUUUGUGUUAGAAAUGGUAUUUUCACACCAAAAUUCAUUAAAGAGGCCCUAAGUAGAUUUAGAUCAUUCAUUGAUGACCUUUUAUUAACAUGUUGGAAAGCCGUUCAAAAUAGUAAUACUCAAGUAUUGAUUGCAACACCUGGUUGUUUUGCUGGUCCACAUAUUGGUGAAGUAUUACAAAUUCCAUUCUUUAAUGCAUUCACUAUGCCAUUCACUAGGACUAGAACCUAUCCAAAUCCAUUCGCACCAUUUGCAUCCCAUCAAAUGGGUGGAGUUUUCAAUUUGGCAACUCAUGUAAUGAUGGAGAAAGUUUUAUGGCAACCUAUUAGUGGUCAAAUCAAUCAAUGGCGUACCGAAACUUUGAAAAUACCACCUUGGAAUUCUUCUGUAUCAAUCAAUGAAACCUAUAGAAUGCCUUAUCUCUAUUGUUUUAGCAAAUAUUUAGUACCAAAACCACCAGAUUGGUCCGGUGAAAUUGCAAUCACUGGUUAUUGGACUUUGAAAAAUCAAGCCAAUUCUGAUUCUCCACCUGAUGAUUUAAUUCAAUUCCUCAAUGAGGAAUCUUCAACUGAAAAUGAUGAUAUUCCAAUCUAUAUUGGUUUCGGUUCAAUUGUAAUUGAUAAUCCAACUGCUUUAUCUUUAUUAUUAAUUGAAGCAAUUAAAUUAUCUGGUAAAAGAGCAAUCAUUUCACAAGGUUGGGGUGGUUUAAGUAUUGAUGAACAUAAUAAUAACAACAAUAAUAAUAACAAUAAUAAUAAUGGAGAAAAUUCAGAUUCAAAUAAAUCAUCAUUACAAUCAAAUAGAAUUUAUUUAUUAAAGAAACCAGUUGAUCAUAGUUGGUUAUUUGAAAAAGUAUCAUUAGUAAUUAGUCAUGGUGGUGCUGGUACAGUUGCUGCAAGUUUACUUGCUGCCAAACCAACUAUAGUGGUACCAUUUUUUGGUGAUCAAUUCUUUUGGGGUGAACGAAUUAAACAAACUGGUAUUGGUACAUCGAUACCAUUCGAUAUAUUAACUGCUAAAUCUUUGUCAUCUCAUAUCAUUUCAAUAUUGAACGAACCAUCAGUUAGAGCAAAAGUUAACAAAAUGUCACAUCUCUUAAAGAGAGAGGAUGGUGUAAAAACUGCAAUUGAUUUCAUUCAUCGUUAUUUACCAUUCAGUUUUAUACCACCAAGAGAGAUUCCAUUUUCUUCAGCUCCAAAUAGUUGUAUGGGUUGUAAACAACCAUUCACACUAUUACAUGUAAUGAAAGCACGUGUCCAUUGUCAUUGUUGUGGUAAAAUAUUUUGUGAAUCUUGCACAUCACAUAAAUGUCCAAUUAAAAAAUAUAGAAUUAAUACUCCAGUUAGAGUUUGCGAUAAAUGUUUUAAUGAUCUUCAAUCAAAUCCAAGUUCAAAUAGUUUUAUUUUAAAUGAUUAA